AUGUUCCUUACAUGGGAAAAUCCUGAAGUUUUGGAUGAAGUAACUGGUUGCAAAGGAGACAAUGAUCCCAUUGAUGUUCUUGAAGUUGGAUACAGAGUUGCUAAAAGGGGUGAAGUUUUGAAAGUAAAAGUUCUUGGUGCUGUAGCACUUAUUGAUGAAGGUGAAACUGACUGGAAAAUAAUAGUUAUUGACAUUAAUGAUCCUCUAGGUAUGCAUUACACUUAUUUUACAAUAGGUUUGCAGCCAUUAGCUCGGCAUUAUCCUCGAUUUACAGAAAUGCAAAUCGAGGAUAACACCGAUUACCAGAGUUUCGGUUUGAAAGUACGCACUACCGUUCUGAGCAUCGCUGACUGCCUUCAAACGGAAUUCGGCGGGAAGUUGGUGAACUCUGUUUCUUUAAAUGUUGCAUCACUGAACACUAAAUCAGAUGUCCCCUGA